CUUACCGCGUCUGCAUCGGGUGAGUUGCCAGUGCUUGCCUGAAGUUGGGGACACGGGGGGCGUGGUGAUCCGCCCCAGGCCGCGGGUUAAAGGCCGGAAGGCGAGCCCCUCGGCGGCGCUCGCGCUGUGAUGGAUCCGCUCAGGGCUCAGCAGCUGGCCGCUGAGCUGGAGGUGGAGAUGAUGGCCGACAUGUACAACAGAAUGACCAGUGCCUGCCACCGGAAGUGCGUGCCUCCCCACUACAAGGAAGCUGAACUGUCCAAGGGCGAGUCUGUCUGCCUGGACAGGUGUGUCUCCAAGUACCUGGACAUCCACGAGCGGAUGGGCAAAAAGUUGACGGAGCUGUCCAUGCAGGAUGAAGAGCUGAUGAAGAGGGUGCAGCAGAGCUCUGGGCCCAUGUGAAGACCCUGGGCUGCACCCUGCCCCUUCUUGGCUGCCUCCUGCUGGGUGCCGUUUGCCAAGACUGUGCCAGGCCUGGGCUCUCGGGAGGGUCUCAGGAGGCCAGAGCCCAGAGCGUGGCUUCAGGAGCGUGCUUGUGGUUGAAGACACUGGAUUGAAAACUGUGUGGGUGUAUAAACAUAUAUAUUAAAACAAUGUUGUUGGCA